UUUGUGCAAAAUUAGAAAACCACAACAAAAACAGUAACAGAAAAUAGGGAAUUUUUCGUUUGUUGAAAAAUGACUGACCAGGGGCGUACGGCUCACGUAAAUUUACCAAAAAGAUUUGAAUUCGUACCGUCUUCAAUUGCGCGCGGAUCUUUGCGCGGUUUGAAGCGAUGUCCAGGUUGUGGUCAAUUGAAUGGUGUGCGUAGUUCUAUCUGUCGCAAUGAAGACUGUAAGUUGAGAAAAGAUGCGCUGCGUCUGCAUAUACCUUUAGAUCCUAUACGCUUAGAGAGUUUGGAUAAACGCAAAACACUGUAUUCUCUGCGUAGUAAAGAAAAAAAUGCACAGCCACGUAAUUUUGUGCUAUCAACAGCCGCAUGCGGAAGCGAUUCGACAACAUUCGAAUGCUACAGUUGUUGUCCUAGCGGCAUCAACAAUUCAGCACUUUGCAAACACAUUUUAGCCUGCAAUACCACAAAUGUAGAUUCGUUGCCACAAGCAGAAAUAUUUCCCAUUUCUCGCGAUGUGCUUUGGAACUUAAACGGCUUGGAUGAAGAGCACAAGAAACGGCUGUGGAGCAUCUACCAACAAGAAGAAAAUAGUGUGCCCGCUGUGCAACGUAUUUCCAGCUCAUUGUUUGUGGUCAGGUGUGAUGAGUCGAAAGUGUUUCCUGCUGGACGGCUACAUGUUACAGCUGUAAGCAACGGCAUCUCUACACGAAAGGGCAUAUAUUCUUGCUCCUGCAAAAAGCUCAAAAUCAUAGUCGAGCCAGACAAUUCAGUCGUGAUGCAAGAAGAAGUGUGUGACCAUAUUUUGUUAGUCUUAGCGGCAGUGCUAAGUAACCGAAAAGGUAAAACGGCAUAUGGGAACUUCGCAAGCGCACUUAAAUCCUACUGGAUGCCAACUAGUAUUGAGACACCAAUUGUAGACUCAACGCAGGAGGAUGCACUGUUCGGUUUAAGCAUAGACAUUGGUGGCAACUUCGACAUGGAAAGAAGUGAUAGUCGACAAGUGGACGAUAUUUUUAUUUACAAUAAUGAUUUUAUGUCUGAUGGAAAUAUUCCCGACUUCGAAGAUAUUAUCCUCAACUACCCACUCAACUCUGUGGAAAAUUUGCAAAGCCAAAAUAUUUCGGAUAAUUGCAUGCCCACAAAUGCAGCCACAAACCCAAAUGAUAUAUUACAUCCUGGUGAUCCGAAUCUCGGUUUAAGUUUCGCCAUUACGGCAGAGGAUGUAGAGGACAUACAACUGCACAAUGCACCCUCCAUCAAUGGAGUUAAAGCGGUGCAAUCGAAUUUGGCCAGCAACUUAACGACAGCACACCUGGAGCUUAGCGAUUGCAAAAUCGAGCUAAUGGAUCAGUUCGAACUUACCGAUCAAAUUGACCUAUCGACAACUGACGAUAUCACUCUACAGCAAGAGCAAACAUGGCUUGGCAAUGGUAUAAGCAUCCUUGAAGCGCCAGUAUUAAAUAGCACAGCCUCUACUAUUGGCUGCAAUGAAGUGUCACCCGUUUUGGAAACGCCAAGCACCACACCGCACACAGCUUAUUAUGAUAGUAAUUCGUUGCUGAAAACAAACCAAGUGGUUGAAGCACCACCAAUUGAGUUACCAACAAUAGCCAUGGUGAAGAAAUAUCCGGUGAAAGCAUCUGAGCUGGUAAAUGAAGUAAAUACGCGCAAAUUUCCGCCACUACCAGCAAAGAGAUCGCUAAUUAUUAAUGGAAAAUUGGAGUCGGAGGAGAAACAAACGAAUGUUGGAAGCCAAACAAAUGAUAUUGAAGAACCAUCGCUUGCCUUUUCUGCUUGGUUGGAUUAUGUGAUUGAAGUGAUCAACGAAAGUGUCGGUACUGUAGAAGAAAGAAAUGUGGAACACACUUUUCAUGUACAUGAGGAAAUAUUUGCGCAUUUUAGCAAACGCUUCAGUACCGGUAUUAAGCUGCGUACACCUAACAGUACAACGGUUGUAAAAGCGGGGAAAUACAAAGGGCUCUUCAAAUAUGUUUGGUAUUUCUCCAAUGCAACAACGAUUCGACGAAUUUUCACAACAAAAAAUAUCUCACUCGACACCGAACGUAUUUUUGAAUACAAUUCCGAUGGUAUAUUUGUGCCCUAUGUAAGACAACCAAUUAUGCCCGCUCCGAAAGGAAAGCACAAGCGUGUGUAUCCCAAGCUCUCACUGUAUAAGACGCAUAUUUGGCUCGAAAGCGGUAGCAGUGAAUAUAAAAAUAAUUUCAAAAUUGAAUGGUUACCUGGUGCCUUUCCAAAGAGCCAUCAUGGCAUGUUGAAACUUGAGUUUUCAGUAGUUGUGCAGGACCCGCACGAAAUGCAAAGAGCAAUUGAAGGAAAAUAAAACAUAUACAUACAUACAUAUAUACAUACAUACAUGUAAAUAAUAUGCCAUCUGCAACUAAAUUGGACUCGAAAGCCAAAUUAUGUAAAAAUGCCGAUGUGAUAAUUCUCUGUUUUCAAAAGUGUCAAAAGUGCCAUGUCUUAAAAAAUAGUUAAGUUAAACGAUUUAAUGGCCACCAUGACAUGAAAUGAAAAUAGUUAAGUUAAACGAUUUUGUGGCUUCAAAAAUAACAACUAAAUACGUUCCCACAAAGUUCGUGUAAAAAGAGAAUUAGGUGAAAACAAUAUUAAAAAAUUGUUUAGAGUUCACUUAAGAAUUUAUUGUGUGCUUACACAUUUUAAUUUAUUAAAUAUAUUAUAAGAAAUAAAUUAUUAAACGGCGAGAGCAAAAUCUACCGAGUCUCGAGACUUUUCCUGAGAUUAAUUUAAACGCUUCGUGUACAUGUUUCGAGAAAUCUCACUCUAUUUGGAUUAGAUUAA